AUGGAAGCGCUCGAAGACAUAAAGCGUCGCACGACCGGCAUCCUCUCCUCGAUAUCGACGACUUUGACUUCCAAACACCAGGCGAAUGAUCACGGGGCUCACAUGAGGGGCAGUUGGGAGAAGAUAAAAGUCCCCGCCCUUCCCAGAUCCUCCCAUUCAAUCGACAUUGUCGCCGGAACAGCCUACCUCUUUGGCGGCGAGGCCGAGAAUGCCCAUCAGCCUACGGACAACGAUAUGCACGCUAUUGUCCUUCCUUCGAGUAGUGCCCCGGCGGACUACUAUGCCAUCAAGGCGAAGUCGCCAAGGGCCACAGAUACCUCGGACGAGAAGAACAAGUCCCCCGAAACCAACGAGUCGAGCGAGACUCCUGCCCCGCGUGUCGGUCACGUCACAGCUGUUAUCGGCCACCGCAUCUUCCUCUUCGGUGGACGCGGCGGUCCUGACAUGACUCCCCUCGACGAAGCCGGCCGUAUCUGGGUCUUCGACACCCGUACUCACUUCUGGUCUUACCUUGACCCCGUCUCCCCCGUCAGCGGAAAAUCACCCGCUGUCCCUGAGCCACGCAGCUACCAUUCGGCCGUGGCAACCGACAAGCCCCGCAACUUCAGCAAGACAUCACCCACGAAGAAGAGCCACAGCCGACCUACCACCAGCUCUUCCACUAGUAAUAAUUUUGGAGGUGACAUUGGCGAAGGCCUCAUUAAGCGCACGAACACCAUCCGUGACUGGGCCACGGGUGACCGCGACGUGGACGAAGUUGGCACCCCACAGCGUCCCAUUGUCGGUAAGGUAGCUGAGCACGCUGUCGAUGCCGACGUGGAUGGCUAUGGCACCUUUAUUAUCCACGGCGGUUGUCUGGCCGAUGGCAAGAGAACCUCUGACCUGUGGGCCUUCGACAUCCACUCACGCAUCUGGCAACAAUUGCCCGACGCCCCAGGCCCGGCCCGUGGUGGUGCUGCUCUUGCACUGAGCAGGAGCAGACUGUACCGCUUUGGCGGGUUCAAUGGUGAGACCCAAGAGGGCGGGCAGCUGGAUUAUCUGGAGCUCGUGCUCGAGGAGUUCGACGACCAGGUCGGCAAGGGAGACGCCAGCAUUUCGGUCAAGGAUGGGUGGAAGAGCUUGUUGCAGGGUAGGGAGGACGUGGGAUACAAGGAGCCCGAUCCGGCGCCUGUUCCUACUGUUCUUGGUAGCCAAGACCCCGAUGAGGAUCAGUGGCCGGGGGCGAGAAGCGUUGCUGGAUUCGAGGCGAUCACGGUCGGCGGUGGCCGAGAGUAUCUUGUCCUCAUACUUGGAGAGAAGGAGGGCAGUGGCAAGGGCCACGAUGCCACAGAAAAGUUCUAUGACGAUGUCUGGGUCUACCAGGUCCCCGCAGAGGGCAUGAGUCUGGCAAGCGUCGGGGAUAAGGUGAACUCUGUCGUUGGAAGGAAAAGCAGGGAAGGUCAUUGGACUAAGGUUGAUACUGUCCCACAUGAUGCCGAAGAUGUUGCCUCGGUUGGCGGCCCUGGCCCAAGAGGCUGGAUUGCUAGUGCUGCCAUGGGCGAGCUUGAGGAAAACAGUAUCUUGAUCUGGGGUGGUUUGGAUUCCGAGAACAAGAGACUGGGAGACGGCUGGAUUUUGAGAUUGCUCUAA